GCUCGCCCACAGUGCCCAGUAUACUACGGGCCCGGCUUCAGCUCUACCGCCAUCUCUAUCAGCGGCCUCGAAGGGCUCCAAGAGGAACAUCUCCGACGAUUCGUGGGUGUUUUCACCGCUUGAUACUAGCAUCACGGGACUCACGCCGAUCGCCAUCCACCGGCGCCAUAGAUCCGUUAGAAAACUCCUACAGGCGAUAGAGGGUAGGUCUGAUCCGGCGAUAUGGCAUCACUUCAUACAGGUGCAUAAUCAAGGCCUCACGCAUCAGUUAUCUGCCGGAGAGUUCUCCUCGGUAUUACUUUCGCUACGGCCGAGACGGUACCUAUCCUUACGACCUCGGCAUUACAUGGACGAGUACGGCCGCGGACAAGUCCACAAAGUGAAUUAUAGUUUCAAAGAGUUCCGGUCGAGGCUGGGGAUUGUCACCCAGGCGAUGCAGCGGCACGGGUACCGGUUGGGCAUCAUCGAGUACUGCCAUUUGCUGGACUGUGCGAGGGCCGGCGGUGACGUGAGUAUGGCGGAUGAUCUCUGGCGUCAGAUAGUCGCCCGGGAAGACCUGACGCCGGAUACGUGGACUUAUAACUGCUAUGUUGCCGCAAAAGUCGGAACCAUAGCUACCCAGCGGGGCGUCCGCAUGUCCCAGUGGAUGAUGCAGAGCCGGCGGACCGUAACCGCGAAGCACAUGCGACUGUUCGCAUCACAAAUGUACGCCCGAAUGAUCCGGGGGGCUGUGCAUCCCAACAGCAUGACCUUCGAUCUCCUGAUCAUAGCUAUGUCUCGCGCGGGGGAUAUGGGGGGUGUAAAGGAGUUGCUUAUGAGAGUAUGGGGCAUGAACGUCAAUGGCCUGGCGGAAUCCGAUAACAAUCUGGGCUCUGAACCGCCUACCGUUUCCCCUGACUCCGACAUAUAUCCUACGCAGCACACACUAGCCACAUUCUCGAUGUGCUUCGGUUCGAACAACGACAUCGAGACAGCGAUCAGAGUCGUCGACCAUGUAUCCCGUAGAUAUAAAGUCCCGAUAUCACUACCCGCCUGGAUCAACCUGCUGAACUGGACAUACACUCUCACUCGUCCGCCCGCGCGGGCCAUGCCAGCUCAAUCCGUGCUGGAAAUCUGGGAAAUCAUGAGGGCACCGCCAUACAACGUUAACCCGACGAUAGAAAUGUACGACUACCUCGUCCGGUCCCUCAUCUCGCGGCAAUACGUCUCCCCCGCAGAGGACAAGAUGAGGGAAGCGGUGGGGAUGUACGCCGAUAUACUCCAGCGCUCCGUAGACCUCGACAGGAGGUACGGCACCGCCGUCGGCGAAACAAGCUUCGAUACAGCGGUCCGGCAGACCGAAGUGCUGAAGGAGAUCGCUGUCGUCAAGAGGGAAUUGCACCGCUUCCGGUCCAUGAUGCGGCGGUGGGUAGAGCUGUUGAUUCUGGGAAAGGGCAUGAAUGCGGAGUACACGCGCAGGAAGGUGCCAGAGAUCGUGGCGGCGUGGGCGCACUUCUUGGGCGGGAGGGCGGUCUACGCUGCUGACUCAGGAUAUAUUGUGCUAGAUCUUGGGCAGGACAAGGAGUGGGUCCCCCUACCGAUUCGGCGGAGGAAGAGGCCAUGGACACCGCUGGGGACUGGGGCCAAGGAAGUGGAUUAUCUAGACUAGAUGGGUUGGAUUGGGGGUAGUUUGGCGGCGUUAUGGGAAGUGGAGCGAUUAGAGGGGUUGGCUGUUAUGAUAUAUCGUUAAAUGUUUAAAGGC